CGCCAACAAUCUUAGAAACCUGUGAUAAGAAUAGGUUUCUUUUUGUGGAUAUUUUUUUCAGAUGUAAAUUAAAUAGUGUGCUCAUCCGUUCCUAGCAAAUCUCAAAGAUAUAGUAUAUUACUCCAAAGACGGAAAAUUAUUAUUUCAAAAAUGACAGAGACUUUCACAAGUGUUGGUGUCGUCAGUAUUGGUGAGAUGGGCCUAGGGGUAGCAUCGCUACUCAUCGACCACGGUUAUCAGGUAUUCACAUACGCAGCAGAUCGAAGUGAAAGUACUCAAGCACGCGCGCGUAAAGCUGGCGUCAAUCUCGCCCCAUCCAUUGAAAGCCUAGUGUCCUCCUGCUCGGCAAUCAUCUCCAUCGUCCCCCCUCGUGACGCCAAAGAGACCGCAGAACGAAUCGUCUCUGCCCUCUCUCCCGCACCCGGUUCACGGAAAUCUCCUUUAUAUUAUGUGGACAUGAACGCCAUUUCACCCAACUCAGCUAUCGAGAUCAACUCGUUGCUCAGCGUGAACCCAAACGUCCAUCAUGUGGAUGGUGGCAUCAUAGGUGGAGUACCAUAUCCGAAAGAAAGAGGUGCCGAUGGCAAGCCGAACUGGCAUUGCCCAUCUUUUAUCUUGUCGGGCCCGCACAAAAUCCCUGACCUAGCAUUGUCUGCGGCACUGAAUGUGCAGCAUCUUGAUUUGAAGAUUGGGUCAGCGACGGGGUUGAAAAUGUGCUUUGCAUGCACGACGAAGGGCUUCGUAGCACUGGCAAUCCAGUCGUUUACCACGGCGCAGGAACUAGGCGUUUUGGAGGAGCUAAGAGAGUAUCUACAGAAGUAUAAUCCUUCAACACUCACAUUGGCGGAGAAGGGGCUAGUUACGAUGGCACCGAAGGCGUAUCGAUGGGUGCAUGAGAUGAUGGAGAUUGCUGAUACGAUGGCUGAGAAUGGCGGAUUUGAGAAGGGACUGUUUCAAGAAGUUGCAGGAGUAUACCGUACUGUAGCGGAAGAUUCGGAACUUGGAAAGGAGCAACCGGAUGCAAGAGUAAGAGGGAAGACGGUAAACGAUGUUACAGAGCUUUUGGCCCAGGGUAUGAAGGCGAAGAAACUGAAGUCUGAAUGAGC